AUGGCGACGACCUGCGACCUCGCACUCGGCAUCCCCAUGCAGGCAUUGAAUAUCAACCAGACGCCGGCCGAAGCGGCUCAAGUCGACUUCUUCGAGCGCUUCCCGCCGGUGUUGCUGAACAAGAUCUACGAGCAAUGCUUCAAGUCCGAAUUGCCGAUCCGCCUUGCGCUGGUGGAGGAUGAGUACGGCAAGCGAGUCGCCAUCCACAACACCUGGGAGGUCUCGCCGCCGAUGGUCGUGCUUCUCGCCACCUGCCAGCGCAUCCACAGUAAGUCCAAACAUCACCAUUGACUACAAGAUCUCGCUAAUAACUCCGACGUUCGACUCCAGGCCAAGCUGUCGCACACCUCUACAGCGAUAACACGUUCACCAUCUUCAACGACACCCGCGCUCUCACUUUAUUCGUGACUAAGAUCAAGCGCAACAAUAAGUACCUGCGCAAGAUCAACCUUGAGGUAAGUCGGAGAAGUACAGCAGUAGUAGUAGGAGCAGCAGCAGCAGCAGCAGCAGCACCGCCGGCGGCGGCGGUAAGGUAGGAGAGCAGAGCAGAUCAACACAUCAAAAGGACGCGUGCGCAUUGUCUGCACUCGUCUUCGCGUGGCGCGUGACCGACGCGACAACAGCAGAGAGCAUGCGCGCCGUAACAGAGCAGAGCAACAGCACCGACCGCUCCGGCGCCACCGACCAGACUCAUACUGACCGCACACCUCCAGACCUUUUCGCCAGUCAACUUCACCCUGCAGACCGCCCUCCCCUCUCUCCGACACCGUACCCACGCCCUCACCUCCCUCACCCUCACGAUCCCAGACCCCUACCCAGGCCACCUCAAGCUCCCAUCACCAAGCUGGUUCGCCCUCGCCCUCGAACCCUGGAUGAAGGAAUGCGUAAUCGUCCGCCAAGACGCGGGCCAAUCGGUAAGCUGGCAAAUUCUCAACAUCAUCCAUUUCGUACCUGUCAAGACCAUCAGCGAGGACAUGGACCAGCAGCGCAUCGCUUGGAGCACCUUCAACUUCGACACGGCGGUGAAGAUGGAGAUGCAGAGGUUGUUGGAGGUUCAGCAGGAGGGUUGGAAGUUUUCUUGA